AUGAGUUUACCAGGAGAUGAGGCUGUGAUUGCCACCAAUGAUGAUGCAGCACAGUGUAAGAAGAGUGCUGUUGACCUAGGUUAUUGGGUUGAUCCUUUCCUGGGCUCUUUGGUGAGGCACACCAGCCGGAAACUUCCAGAAAUCAACCGUGGUUAUUAUGCCCGUGUGGCUGGAAUAGAAACUCUCAUCAAGAAGUUCAUUGACAAGUUCAAUGGAAAGUGCCAACUGGUGAACAUUGGUGCUGGAUUUGAUACCUUAUACUGGAGGCUACAGACUUCAGGUCAUAAGGUGAACAAUUAUAUUGAAGUGGACUUGCCAACAGUGACCAGUCGGAAGAUAUCCCUGCUGAAGAAGGUGAAGGAACUUCACCAUACAGAAUUUGUCACUCCUGGUUCUUUCACUUGUGACAUGCAUGCCAAAGACUUUCACAUCAUUGGUGCUGACAUCAGGAAGGUGCAUGAUGUCCAAAUCAAGAUGGAUGCAUGCAACAUUGACACUUCCAUCCCAACUCUUUUCAUUGCAGAAUGUGUUCUGGUAUAUCUGUCUAUCAAGGACAGUACAGAGUUCCUCAAAUGGAUAGCAUCUACCUUCAAGUGUGCAUUUUUCAUAAACUAUGAGCAAGUGAAUUUGUCAGACACAUUUGGAGAAAUGAUGAUAAGAAAUCUUCAUGAUAGAGGCUGUGCUCUUGCAGGAGCAGAUGCAUGCAUGUCCCUUGAUGCACAAAAACACAGGUUUCUUGAAAGUGGCUGGGAUGGUGCUGAAGGUUGGGAUAUGCAGACAGUAUAUGCUAAUCUUCUACCAAAAAAGGAGAUUGAUCGCAUUGAAAAGAUAGAGUUUCUUGAUGAAAAAGAACUAUUGGUUCAGUUGCUCACCCACUAUUGUAUCAGUGUUGCAUGGCUUGACAAACUGAAUGUGGAUUUUAGUUGCAUUCGCUUCUGA